AUGUCUAUCCCACACAACGCUCUUCCCGCCGCUGUCAAGCUUCGCGAGUCCGCUCUCACUGCCUUCAAAACUUAUCAGGACAUGAAAGAGGGACUGAACAGCGCUGCCGCUCCCACCAUUCUUGGCGUAGCCGCUAAUUACUGUGUUCAGCUUAUCGACACCAAGGAUCCGUGUCUGCUUAUGCACCAGCCAAUGCACAACGUGCUUUUCCUUGUUAGAGGCGAGUACAAUACCCGCAGCACUGGAGUUCACGCCAUCGCGCCCCCAGCCGACCUCGACACUAUCAAAGAAUAUUGUCGCGCCGUUCUCGCCGCGCGCGCCGCUGCGCAGGUCGUUCCACCACCUGUUACUGCUCAAGCUCAGGCUCAGGCUGAGAUUGCAGAGCGCGGAUACAUUUUGAAACAGCGUCCCCGCAAGCUUGUCAAGUCCAAGGCUGUUGUUGAGGACAAGGAUGACGAGGUCGAGAUUGUCCCCGGCCCCUCGGAUACCGACAUGGUGUAUGUGUCACGGUGGGUGGGAUUUCCACCACACGUUUGGUUCGUUCCUGACAACGCUGGCAUGUUUUCACAUACCAAUCAUCGUGUGCAGAUCUCAUCAUGUACAUUCGGUUGCUCUGUUUCUAGUUCAUCAAACCUGGCCUCCAGGCCUGGUGAAGUUAAAGUCGAAAUCAUUUCAUCCUGA